AUGGACACCAACGCAAUCCUAGAUCUCGUCCACGACGUGCAGGGCCAGCUCUGGGUUGACAAGAUCAACGAGACCCAUUCAACCGGCCGUCUCUGCCAGUGGGUGUCGACGUUCCACCCAAACCGACUCCCUUGUCACCUAGACGGCACUUUUCACCAUGGAGCCUUCAACGCUGGCAUAAAGAUGGUUUUCAAUGACAACACGACCUGGAUGGUCCGCUUUCCCCGUAUGGGAAGGAUUUGCGACCAGUUCGCCGACGAGAAGGUGGCUAUGGAAGUAACAGCCCUCCGUCUUAUCCGCGACAGGACGAAUAUUCCUGUUCCCAAAGUCCGGGCAUGGGGCUCUGCCGCAAGUAACCCACUUGGUCUGGGCCCCUUUAUCGUAAUGGACUUUAUACACGGUGUGAGCCUUGGUGAGCUUCUCCGGGAUCCGGACGCUCAGCGCCCCAGUCGCUAUCCUACAGAAUGGGGGAGUGGAUACUUUUGCUGGUAUCUAGGAGAUCGAUCACAUGGCUUCGCAACGGCUACUGAGUACUUCCAGUAUGUCGCGGGCCAGGACUGGGAGCAGCUUGUUCGCCAGCCCAAUUCGGUGUUUGGCCCGUAUGAUGCACAGAACAAAUACGUGGCGUUUAAGAUCCUGAAGAGUCUGAUCCCAGAUUUGGUCCACGCGGAAUAUGACCGUUGCAAGUUCAAACUAAUCUGCGACGACCUUGGCCUGGCAAACCUGAUUGUCCGGAGCAAAGACGACCUCACUAUUAUCGGAGUCGUGGACCUUGAAUGGUCAUUCGUGGGCCCUGCUCAACUCUUCGGCUCGGCACCGUGGUGGCUUCUCCAGGAUAGACCCGUGAAUAGCGCCUGGGACUGCGAUGGCGACGAGCCGCCUGCUAUCGCGACCCGGUAUUUCAAAUACCUGGACAUAUUUAUGCGUGUCCUGGAGGAGGAAGAGGCAAAAUCACCCGAGUACAAGGGGAGAGAGCUCUCCUCCCUCAUAAAGUGGUCACAGGCUUCCGGGGCUAUGUGGCUACAUAUGCUGCUUUCGUCUGGGUUUAAUGACCAUCGCAGCUUUCCCUUCACGCAGCUACGACGGCAUCUAGGGUCUGCGGAGUGGGCGAGGCGUGAGAGGGAGUUUGAUGAUCCAGAGGUGCUGGAGGCAUUCGCAGCACGGAAAGUGAAGGAGUUGGAUAAGUAUGAUGAGCGCUUGGAAGAGAUCGAGGAGAGAAAAGCGCUCGUUGACAGCGGGCAGAUGACGAAAGAGGAGUUCCUUGCACGCUAA